AGCAGUUUUCAUCCGUGUCGUUUAUGACUCAGGUGAUAGGAGCAUUUUCAAGUGACGCAGAGAUAAAGCGUGCAUGGAGCUCCCUUCGCGACGUAUUGCAGAGCACUGUUUCUGCCAUUGCCCAGCGAAUGCAGCUCUCCGAGUGCUCUAAAAGUGCGAGAAGCGUUACGUUUCUUCUUUCCAAGAAGAAGGAGGACGGGGUUGUGUCACUCUGCUCUGUGAAGGCCUGUUAUCCACAGCAGACGGUACCUCUGGAUGAGGCGGUCGAAUGCUUUAUUGAGCCGAGCAGUCGAAUGGUAUGUCGUCGAGAAUACCUGCCGCCAAGUGUUUGGCCCUUUCCGGAUCGCAUUCCCUACACAUAUGGCCCAGCGCCACGGGCGUGUUAUGUCAUAAACCGGACGACCGAGACAAGACACGACUCUGCACACUACGCCAAGCACGAUGUUUGGCAUCACGAGCCGCGGUACUACACUGUGGGCGACGACGGGGUUGUCCGGGAGCUACGGCCAGCGGAUCCGUAG